AUGUCUAUCUCCGCCUUGUGGAAGCAACUUAACCCUCUCUAUACCGGAAAACUUAAGGACUCUAGAAUCACCUGGGUGUGCUUCUCUUAUGUGUUCAAUCAAUCUAGGGGCACCUACCCCAGUCCUGAUAGAUCUGACAUGCUCAUGGAAACGGACAUGGAGGGGCCAAAUAGUUUUGCCCACGUAAAAGAAGCCGCAGGGGCACAAGAUGACCUAUACGAGGAAAAAUCUUACUUCUCACUGACUGUCGGUCCUAGCAUACAGAACUGGAAAGUCUUUUGUCAGAGGGACCUCAAGACCUACAAGAUAGUGAAGACAAGCACAGAAUAUGUCUAUAAAUCUACCUACGCACCCAUUGGCUCCUCUGUCUUCAUAAAACUCUUGGCUUUGGCUGAACGAAAUGAUAGGGACCGUCAGACAAUUCUCAGUGAUGUGGAGUAUGUUAGCAGCAAAAGAUCUGAACGUCUUAUAAAUAUAGUUGGGAUAUUCUGGAGUCCAAAUACAUUUGGAAUUGUGACAGAAUGGAUGCCGAAUGAGUCACUGCACUCUUUAAUAUACCAGCAUGAUCUGUACCCUAAACUUCCACUAAGUAUAGGCAUUAGAAUCCUAACAGAUGUUUCUGAAGGGUUGUAUUUUUUGCACAACCAGCAUCUUCCCAUAUUGCAUCAGCGGCUGAAACCCUCCAACAUAUUAUUGGAUGCACAAUACCGGGCAAAGCUUUCAGAUUUUUGGCUUUCAGACAUCCAGAAAGUAAAUGUUUCCACAGCCCAUCAGGAAAAUGCAUCUGUAAUAUAUUUUUCACCUCAAAGGCUGCAAAAACAUGGAAUAACAUUGGCAGAUGAUAUAUACAGCUUGGGAAUUAUUUUGUAUGAAACCCUCAGCCGAAAACAACCCUUCCACGAAAAUAAUCAUCUGAAGCUGGUAACUGAAGUAACUAGAGGGAUCAGACCACAACCAAACAUAGAUGUUCUCUUAAAAGACACCAGUCUCCACCACAGUCAACGUGCAAAUCUAAGUCAACUCACUAACUUGUGCUGGCAUCAGAACCCCCAUAUGAGGCCGACAGCAGCUGAGUGUUUGUCUCGCCUAAACAACAUCCUUCAGAGCUUUUCCAAAGAAGAGAUUCAAUGUCAAAUUGACUGCCUAAAUAAAGAAAAGGAGAUGGCCGCUCAGCACUCCCAGGAGAGCACCGUGGAAUUUGAUAUCAAAUAUCUGGAUGAGGGUUGGUUGACUAAGAGCCAUAGAAGUAGAACACAGAGUGAACCUGAAUCAAGCCCUGAUGUACACUCACUAUGUCCUGGGCCAAAGAAAGAGAAGAGAAGUGCCAGUCUGCCAGUUUCAACCUCCAAUAACUCUGUGCCUAUCAAAUGUCCUGAACGGAAGAAUUCUGGGGUUAGCUGGAUGCACAGGAACGCAACAGAUCAUGUUUCCAGUCCACAUCUUGUCUGGAGUGCAAACUAUGUUGAGACCCUAAAAAGAAACAGGGAAACUAUUCUGAAUAGAGUAACAGAGGGUCAUCUCAACCAUCUAAUCGAUACCAUGAGGUCCAAAUUUGUACUCUCCCGAGAUGAUUCUGAAAAUAUUAAUUCAGAGAGGACGCUAAAGGCCAGAACAAGGAAAUGCUUAGAAACCUGCUCUGAAAAGGGGGAAGAAGCAUCCAGAAUGUUUUUAGACAGUUUGUGCUCGCGAAAUGUAAUUUAUAUGCAUCCAAGAAAUCUAGCAUGAAUAUAAGAAUCCGCAAAGUCAACAGGAUACAAUAGAGUUGGCAAGCUUCUGCUUUUGGUGGCCAUAAUGUCAAGAUCGGCUGCAAGCAUUUUAGAAAGAACACUGGAAAAUUGCAGUUAUCCUAAUUUAUGAAAGGAAUGUUUAGAAAAUUAAGAAACAAAUAAUGAUUUGUUACACUAGAAUAUGUCUUAGACCAGAGAUCUUAUCUUCUAUGUUGUAUUGCUAACACUGUUAGACUCACAGCUGAAUGCAAAGGAGAAAGCUCUCUAUGAUCCCAUUAGUGCCCUGUCAAUCAAGGGCCGGCGAAGGGUUACUUUGGCAACCAUAGGUCUAAAAAAGGCAUCUAGACCACCAAUGGCUAUUUGCUACUUAUGCUGUGCCUAACAGUUUAUCAGUUUUUCUUUUUCUUUUUUUUUAUUGACAGGCAAUAAUGUUUUCGUAUACUAGAGUACAGUAUUGUGUUAUAACACAGUUUAAAAGAUUGUUUUGGAAUGUCCUUUAAAGGGGUACUCCAGUGGAAAACAAAUGUUUUCAAAUCAACUGAUUAAACAGUUGUUAAAUAUAUUUGUAAAUUAUUUCUAUUUAAAAAUCGUAAUCCUUCCAGUACUUAUCAGAUGCUGUAUACUACAGAGGAAGUUGAGUUGUUCUUUUCUGUCUGACCACAGUGCUCUCUACUGACACCUCUGUUCGUUUCCUGUAUAUGUAAUUGUAAUAAACAGUGGUUAACAAAUGUGUUUAUUGCACAAUUAUAGCAGUUAGUUGUCAUCUCUGAUGAGUGAGGGUGGAAGUUCCCACAUGAAAUGUGAGGACAUGUGUUAUGCAUGCCCAAGGGAACACCCCCUCCUCCUGCAGGCUGUGUAAGCAACAUAAACAAGGAAAUAAGAGCCAUAAAAGGAUAAAAAACAGGAUAUGAGCUCACAGGAUCAGCACCAAUUAAAGAGUAUGCCUGAAGCAUUUUUUUUUUUUGUUUUGUUAUGUUGUGACUUUGAAAGAGUGGUACCAUCAUGUAUAAAAGACCUAUACAACAAAGUUACCAAAGAAAAACAAAGAAGAAAAUACGUUGAUCAAAAACUAUGUACCCCAAACUGGUUCUUUUAAAAAAUGUGAUCUGUCCUGCAAACCAUCAAGCACUCAUACAGCUGCAUUGAUAGAAAGAGAAAAUAUGAUGACUCUUUAAACAAAAAAAACAAAAAAAAAACAAAAGUUUGGUCCUCCUUUUCUAAGCCAUUGUUGGCUUUCAUUUCUGCUUGCUCAUUCUGUCAGCCAUAACUAGUCUAAUUUUAAGGCUGCAUAAUUAUUUCAUGCUUUGUUAUUUUUUUGACAAGUAUUAUUUUAUAACAUAUUAUUUUCAGGUAAGCAUAUUGUAUUGUACAAUAUAAUUUGAGUUUUUUUUUAUAUUGUUAAAUGCAAACACUUUUGCCAUUUUUUCCAUUUUAUUAACGCAAUUCCCACUUAGA